AUGGCAAGAAAGUGGCAAAGAAUGGCCAUGAUCAGCCGAAGAGGAAUAACAUUACCAAAAACAAUAGGAAAUUCAGAUGGAGCUUCUUUGUCAGUUGUGAGCAAGGGACAUUUUGCAGUGUAUACAGCUGAUCACAGGAGGUUUGUGAUUCCAUUGGUUUACCUGGAGAGUGAAAUAUUUAUCGAGCUCCUGAGGAUGGCAGAAGAAGAAUAUGGACUGCAAAGGGAUGGUCCAAUCACACUGCCAUGCGAUUCAGUUUUCAUGGAAUAUGCUGUCUCUUUAAUCCUAAGACAUCCAGCUAAAGAUCUAGAUCGAGAACUUUUUCUGUCUAGAGCUAAAUCCGCUUGCUGCUCAUCAUCUUCUUACCACCAGCAAAACGACACAAGCCACAAUAUACUAAUUCAUAGCUUUUAA